UUCGCACAGAUCAAGAAUAUCAUAUUGAUCUUUAAGGUUAUGUUACUCAGCGUUAUGACGUCCACGUUGUUGUGUUACUGUUUUAAGUUCAUCUCAGAAAACGUAAUAUUCUUCUUAAUUUAAUCGUGUAUAAGAAUAACUUGUCAUAAUGUCUUCGUGGAAAAAAGCAGCGAAAUCUACGCAAAAAACUCAUCAUGAAAGACAUCAACCAGAGAGCCGCAAACAUCUGGGUCUUCUAGAGAAAAAGAAAGAUUAUAUUGCUAGAGCUAAAGAUUACCAAGAAAAACAGCAAACCUUGAAACUUUUGCGCAAACGUGCUCUGAACAAAAAUCCAGAUGAAUUUUAUUAUCACAUGAUCAAUUCUAAAAUUGGCGGAGGUGUUCAUAGAGAAAAAAGGAAACAAAAGAAUCAUACACCGGAACAGAUACACCUUAUGGAGACACAGGAUAUUAGAUAUAUUGCUUAUAAGAGAAAUGUUGAAGCAAAGAAAGUAGAUAGGCUCCAAAGUCAAUUGCACAUGAUAGAUGUUGCAAAUGAAACCAAGAACAAACAUAUCUUUUUUGUAGACGAUCCAACAGAAGUGAAGAACUUUGAUCUUGCUAAGAGACUCGAUACCCACCCAGCAUUGAUACCCAGACGCGUAAACAGGCCAAAAUUAAAUAAAUUAAAAGAGAUGAAAUUACCGAAUAUAGAUGAGAGCAGUUUACAAGACCUUGAACAGGAUAAACACAAAAUUUACAAUGAAUUACAGAAGAGAAUUGAUAGAGAAAAGCAACUAAGUGUUAUACAACGAAAAUUAGAAAUGGAAAAAGCACUGAAGGAAGAAACAAUUGCCAAACCAAAACUAGUAAGGAAAGGAACAAAGAAUGCUGCCCCCACGUACAAAUGGAAAUUUGAAAGAAAACGAUGAUUAUUAUUAUUUGUAUUUAAGUAUACUUUAAUAAAAUCAAUAUUAUUUAUUGUUUGUAUUUAAAGUAUACUUUUAAUAAAAUUUUAGU